AUGAACGGCGACCGAUCCACGUCUGCUGGCGUGAGCAGGCAAGGGUCCAUCAACAAUAGCCUUGCAGAUGCCGAGGCGAAGAAGAGGAGAAUACAGCGAGCUUGUGAUGUGUGCAGACGCAAGAAGAUCAAGUGCGAAGGUCCUAUGCAGAGCGGGUCCUCUGAAAAAUGUGCACAUUGCGAAGAGUUCAGCCUUGCAUGCACCUACAACGAACAGGCCAAGCGUAGGGGUCCACCGAAAGGGCAAGCGAAGAAAUGCGAUGCUUGUGCAUGCAGGCAAGUCGUACUGCGUGCCCUUCGUCCUGCUGUUGAUCUCAACGAGUAUGUGGGACCGGUACCAGAUCGCGACGACUUUGAUAUCGUCGCAUACCGCGAAACGCUCCGUCAACAGAAUAUUCCACCGUAUCCCUCUAUAAAACCCCUCCAGUUCGAACAUCGGAAAGAAUCCAAUGGGUCUGCGUCUACGUCGAACACCCACUCGGUAUCACCAGCUGCUGGAGCUGCUUCGCCAUCAAACCAGGUCCUCGGGCACUCGCCAUGGAAAUUGUAUGAAAGAGACCCGAGUCGGCCACCAGACGACGACUCGGACGUCGAAGAGGAGGCUGCUGCGCAGCUCUCUAUCGCAAACUCUAUGAACCAGCUCGAAGUGCGUGAUGCUCACUGGAGAUACCACGGAAAGGCUUCUGGCGCCCAUCUCAUGCGCCAGUUCCAAGAUCUCAAAGGCCAGAUGGGUGACGAUUCCAACCUCAUCGACGAGAUCAAUCAGAUCAAACGUCUCCAGUUCUGGCAAGUGCCCGAAUGGGAGCUCGUCAUUGCCAACGAAGGUCUACAUCCUCUCGACUAUUCUACAUGGCCAGAAAAGGGCUUAGACCAAGACCUCAUCGAUGCUUAUUUCGAUCAUAUCAACCUCCAGUUGCCGCUUCUCAAUCGCCCCUUCUUUCAGCGGCAGUACGACUCGCGCAUGUGGCAGUCUAAUCAUGGGUUCUCGAGAGUGUGUCUAAUGGUGUUUGCCAAUGGGUCGAGAUUUUUAGAUGACCCACGCGUAUACUGGCCGAAAGAAUGGUCGAUGACCGAGGAAGGCCAGAGUCGCCUCGCUCAAGACCUUGAUGGUACACUACGCUAUUCUGCCGGGUGGCGUUUCAUGCGCAGUCUUCUGCGAAUGGGCAGGAGUAUCAUGCAGGGCCCGAACCUGUUUGAGUUUCAGACGCAGGUGCUCAUUUGCAACUUUUUGCAAGGAAGUGCGGUGCCGCAUCUCAUGUGGAUUAUCUCGGGUUUCGGCCUUCGGUCUGCGCAAGAGCUCGGUAUCCAUGUACGGGCUACUCUGCUCCAUGCCGACCCGAUAGAGAGGGCGCUGUAUAACCGGGCGUUCUGGUGUCUGUACCACAUCGACAGAUACAACUGCGCUGCCAUUGGACGUUCGGUCGCCAUUCAGGACACCGACUUUGAUGCCGACUAUCCCCAAGAUGUCGACGACGAGUAUUGGGACACGGGGGAUCCCGAAAAGGAUUUCAAGCAGCCCGAGGGCAAACCGUCCCGCAUAGCUGCAUUCAUCCAAUUACUGAAAUUGGAUCAUAUUGUCGGCGCCGUCCUCCAGACAGUCUACGCCAUCAACAAGCUCCCUGAACAAAAGGCUGAUAUUGCCGCUCAGCGAGCCCUUGUGGUGGAGUUGGAUUCGGCCCUCAACUCAUGGGCGGAUAAUGUCCCGCACGAGCUGAGAUGGGACCCUAGUCGACAGGACCACACGCUCUUUCUCCAGUCUGCGGUGCUCUACGUGUAUCACUACUACUGUCAGAUAUUGAUCCAUCGGCCAUUCAUUCCCACCCCUCGAAACCACCGAACGUCCGAUCUUCCUUCCCUGGCCGUUUGCGUCAAUGCUGCUAGGUCAAUCUGUAACAUUACGGACGCUGCUCUCAGGCGCGGCCGACAAGAGGGUGCUCUUCCGGGGCGUGCUUUGAAUGUGUCAUUCAUGCUGCCAUCCUGGAUUUCCGCCAUCAUCCUUCUCAUCAAUAUCUACUCUGGCAAACAGACCACGUCAGAACGCGAAAGGGCCAUAUCGGAUAUCAAACGAUGUCUGGCGGCUAGCAGGGAGUUGGAGGUGAUUUGGAGGCAGAGUGGAAAGUAUACAGACUUUUUGACUCAGUUGGCGAAUGAGAGCGGAAUGCCGACGGCCGACAAGGUGAACGUCUCUGAGAAGAGGACGUACAGCCGCGGCGAGUCCGAGCCCACGCGGAAAGAGGGUAAGGGCAAAGCAGGAUUCACUUCCCGGGAGUCUCCUGCGGGAGAUAUUGUCUCGCCCCCGGAAACGAUCCUUCCGUAUGUGGACAAGUCCAUGCCUGCUCCCCCAACGCCCAACUCUGAACCGAGUGAGAACCGAGACUAUGGUCUGUUUGAGAUGAGCGGCAUGCUGUCCAACCCACCAGCAUCAAACAUGCCUUUCCCAUCUGGCAGCCAGAACUUUACGGGUCAUAUGUCAACGCCCGUGUCCAAUACUCCCGAUUUUGAUUCCAUUUUCCGGUCGCCUUCGGAGGCGUCUGUGUUCCCUAUGCCAUCGCAAACACACCCGCCUCUGCCCCCGGUGCACCAGUCACAGUCGCAAUCUGGCUUCAAAGCGCCUUUCCCGCCAUCCCAAUCCAACAUGCCAUCCUUCCCCAGCUUUCCGGCCGCCAGCGUGCCACACUCGUAUCAACAAUCCUCGAUACCUCAGGGUCAGGGCACGCACCCGCUCCCAAACCUUGGCCAUAUACCCAACCCCGGGGACGGACAAGAUGCUCAAAAUCAGUUCCACGGCUCGCUCAUGGGCAUGAACUCUUUCGAGUCGCAGUUGCUUGACAUGAGUACGACAGCGUUUGGAGGGCAGGAAAUGGGAGCGGGUGAUGGUGAUUGGUGGGCUCAGCUAUUUAGUGACUAUAUGUAA